AUGCCAGCACUACUGCUAAAUACUUACUUUCUACAGGGUGAUCAUGUCUGGGUCGAUCAGCGAACUGGCAAUGAGUUCAAUGUCGAAAUUGGUGCUCGUGUGGUCGCUACACAAGCCGGACAAAUUGUCUUAAUCGAUGAUAAUGAAAAAGAAUUACAUUUCCCUGCCCAAACUAAAUUUCGUCCAAUGCAUAAAAGUUCAAUCGAUGGUGUCGAUGAUAUGAUAUCCCUGGGUGAUCUGAAAGAAUCUGCUAUAUUACAUAAUCUUCAUAUUCGAUACAAAGAAGACAUCAUCUAUACCUACACUGGAUCAAUUCUAGUAGCUGUCAAUCCGUACAAAUCACUAAAUGUGUACAAUAUUGAAUACAUGCGUCGAUAUUCGAAUAAAAAAAUUGGCGAACUACCACCACACAUAUUUGCUACAGGCGACAACGCAUAUUGGAGUAUGCAACGAUAUCAACAUGAUCAAUGUAUUAUAAUCAGUGGUGAAAGUGGUAGUGGCAAGACUGAAUCCACCAAAUUAAUUCUGCAAUUUCUGGCAGCAACCAGUGGUCAACAUUCCUGGAUUGAACAACAAAUCCUUGAUGCUAAUCCUAUUCUUGAAGCAUUCGGUAAUGCUAAAACUGUUCGAAAUGAUAAUUCCUCACGUUUUGGAAAAUAUAUUGAUAUUCACUUUGAUAAACGCGGAGCUAUUGAAGGAGCAAAGAUAGAACAAUAUCUACUCGAAAAGUCUCGUAUCGUAUCUCAGGCUCGUGAUGAACGAAAUUAUCAUGUUUUCUACUGCAUGUUAUCGGGAAUGUCUAAAGAAGAGAAACAACAGUUGGAUUUAACAACUGCUAGUGAUUAUGUUUAUCUUAACCAACUCGAUGGAACCAUUUAUUGUGAUAGUAGAGACGAUGCCAAAGAAUGGGCAUCGAUAAAGAGUGCAUGCAAAGUGUUGAUGUUCAGUGAUGAAGAACUGAAUGAUAUACUAAGACUACUAGCAGCUGUUCUACAUUUGGGAAAUUUAAGAUUUCAAGCAACCACAACUCAGAACAUGGAUACAUGUGUUGUAGCGAAUGUGAAUGUUCUUCGAAUUGUUUCUAAAUUACUUAAAAUUGACGAAGGUGGUCUAUGCGAUGGUUUAUUAAAACGUACGAUUUUUGCUCACGGUGAAACCGUUGUCACACCACUGAAUCAGGAACAAGCAUUUGAUGUUCGUGAUGCAUUUGUGAAAGGAAUCUACGGGAAGAUGUUCAUAUGGAUAGUGGAGAAAAUCAAUUCGGCAAUAUACAAGCCCAACGAUCAUGUCAUUUAUCGAAAAAGUCUUGGAAUAUUGGACAUCUUCGGUUUUGAGAAUUUUCAACGGAACAGUUUCGAACAAUUAUGCAUUAACUAUGCAAAUGAAAAUUUGCAACAAUUUUUUGUUCAUCACAUCUUUAAAUUGGAACAGGAAGAGUACGACAAUGAACAUAUCAAUUGGCAGCACAUUGCAUUUGAAGAUAAUCAACGUAUACUUGAUUUGAUUGCGAGCAAAUCGAUGAACAUUAUCGCGUUGAUUGAUGAAGAAAGUCGUUUCCCCAAAGGUACAGAUCGUUCGUUAUGUGAUAAACUGCACGUUAAUCAUUCGAAAAAUGAAAAUUUCAUUCCAAGAAAAACUGAUAACGUGAUUAGCUUUGGCAUUCGACAUUUUGCCGGCAAUGUCUACUAUGAUUGUGAAAAUUUUCUGGAGAAAAAUCGAGAUACCUUCAGUCAAGAUCUGAUGAAAUUGUUACAAGAGACGAAGAGUAAAUUCUUACGAAAUUUAUUUCUGAAUGAAUUUCAAAUUGGAACGGAAACACGAAAACGAGCUCCAACACUCGGCACACAAUUCAAGAAAUCACUCGAUUCACUAAUGACAAUUUUGUCUGCAUGUCAGCCGUUCUUUGUUCGUUGUAUCAAACCGAAUGAAUACAAAGCACCAGAUAAUUUCGAUCGUGCAUUAGUCUGUCGUCAAUUGCGUUAUUCAGGUAUGAUGGAAACGAUUAGCAUUCGACGAAAAGGUUAUCCUAUUCGACAUCUAUUCCGUGAUUUCGUUGAUCGAUAUCGACUAUUGGCAGCGGGCAUUGGCCCAUCCCAUCGCGAAGGAGAUUGUCGUGCAGCAUCAGAGAAAAUCUGUAGAGCUGCCCUUGCUAAUCAGGAUUAUCAAAUUGGUAAAACAAAAGUUUUCCUCAAGGAUGCGCAAGAUGUUUAUCUCGAGCAGGCUCGUGAGCAAGUUAUGGCGCGAAAAAUUCUUAUCCUACAGAAUACAAUUCGUCAAUGGAUUGCUCGACGACAAUUUGUUGCUCUUCGUCAAAGUGUUCUACUUAUCCAACGUUACUGUAAAAGUUAUCGUGAAGCAAGACGUUUUCAAAUCAUCACCAAUGGUUUCACACGUUUACAAACACAAUUUCACACACGGAUGCUAUCACUUCGCUAUUCGGUUCUACAUGAUCGUAUACUAAAUCUUCAACGAUAUUGUCGCGGCUACCUCGCUCGUCAAAAUUAUAGUCGAAAGUUGAACGCAAUUCUUAUUUUACAGUCCGAAGUUCGUCGUCAUGUUGCACAGAAACAGAUGAGGCGAUAUCGUCUCCAAGACACGAUGUAUCGUCAAGCUGAACAAGAACGAUAUGAAGAAGAAAAACGUCUAAUUCCAACCCUCGGUGCUAAACGUGCUAAAGAAGAAGCUGAACGAAAAUAUCGAGAACGAUUACAAGUGCUUCAACAUGAAAUUCACGAACAGGAACGAGCUGAACAACAACGAGCAAAAGAAAAACGCUUGCUGAUGAAAAGAAAGACUUACACCGAUGAAAACGAUCUAUUCAAUAAUAUGUUUCCAUCAGGUACUGAUGAACGUACCACAUCAGCGUACCGUCCAACAACAACUGGUGGAAUGCAUUCGACAUUAGGAAAUAUGCCACAAUCUAUGGAUAAUAUCGAACGAAUCGAUAAAUCCUUGCCGUUGCCACAUCAAGAUGAAGAUUUAAGAGAAUAUACAUUUGCGAAAUUUGCUUCAACGUAUUUUCAAGGCAAUGCGACGUCACAUUUCACGAAGAAAACACUUCGACAACCGUUAUUAGCAAUCAAGUCGGAACGAGAUCAAUUGGCUGCAUUGGCUAUCUGGAUAACAAUUCUUCGAUUUAUGUGCGAUCUACCUGAUGUACGCACACCAAAUGCCGUUCAUCAAAAACAAUCUGUCAUGAACAAAAUUCACUCGACACUUGGAAGAAAAUUCAAUAAGAAAGAUUUGGAAGAAGCACAGAAGCUGAACGAAUCCAUUGAUAACCAACCAUCUCCUGACCCUUCGUCACCACCAUCAUACUCGAAUAACGGCUCAUUAUUAACGUCCAAUAAACCAACGUCGCGAUCUGUCAAACAGAAAUUAGUGAAUAUGACAUUGAAACGAAAAUCAAAACUAUCCACCGAUGCUGCCAUGACGCGUUUGAAAGAUCUUGAUGCCUUGAGUGCAAGCCAACAGAUGAAGAUGUCUGGUAUGAAUCCAUUUCUCGAAGAUCGACCGACAUCAAACUUAGAAAAAUUACAUUUUAUUAUUGGCCUUGGCAUUCAUGUCGCUGAAUUACGUGAUGAAAUCUAUUCUCAAAUAUGUAAACAGUUAACAGGUAAUCCGUCAUCACAAUCCACUGCACGUGGAUGGGUUUUACUUUCAUUAUGUGUGGGAUGUUUUGCCCCAUCACCUAAAUUGAUCAAAUAUCUACAGAAUUUUAUUCUUAACGGCCCAAGUGGCUUUCCACGAUAUUGCUAUGAACGUUUGUCAAGAACAAUGAUGAAUGGUUCACGUACACAACCACCAUCAUGGCUGGAAUUACAAGCAACUAAACACAAAGAACCUUUGUUACUUCAAAUCACGUUUAUGGAUGGCAGUUCCAAAGCUCUCAAAGCUGAUUCAGCUACCACAGCACGUGAAUUAUGCGAUCUAUUAGCUGAGAAGAUUAAUUUAAAUGAUCGAUUUGGUUUCUCUUUAUACAUUGCCUUGUUCGAUAAAGUUUCUUCACUGGGCUCGGGAAUGGAUCAUGUUAUGGAUGCGAUAUCACAAUGUGAGCAAUAUGCAAAAGAACAAGGUACAAUGGAAAAAGCAGCACCUUGGAGAUUAUUCUUCCGUAAGGAAAUCUUUGCACCAUGGCAUAAUCCACGUGACGAUCCAGUAGCAACCAAUUUGAUCUAUCAACAAGUUGUCCGAGGAAUUAAAUUUGGCGAAUAUCGUUGUGAAAAAGAUGAUGAUUUAGCUAUGAUCGCUGCUCAGCAAUAUUUCAUUGAAUAUGGACAGGAUUUACAUAUAGAUCGCUUACGUGAACUAUUACCUCAUUACAUUCCUGAUAAUCAACUCGUACAGAAUAAAGCAUCAGAACGUUGGUUACAAAUUAUUAUACAUGCGCACAAACGUUAUUUCAAUAAUCCAAGGGAAUCCAUAUCGAUCAUUCGUGUCAAAGAAGACAUAGUUAAUUAUGCCCGCUUCAAAUGGCCACUGUUAUUCUCGCGUUUCUACGAAGCAUACAAGUUCUCAGGACCGACUUUACCGAAAAAUGAAGUGAUCAUUGCCGUGAACUGGACAGGCGUUUAUGUUAUUGAUGAUCAAGAGCAAGUUCUGCUUGAACUAUCAUUUCCAGAAAUUACACAAAUACUCAGCAGUAAAGCAGCUGGACGACAACAAAGUAAUAGUUUUACGAUAAUUACAAUCAAAAACGAAGAAUAUACAUUCACAUCAAACAAUGCCGAUGAUAUACGUGAUUUAGUCAUUAAUUUCCUAGAAGGCCUCAAACGAAAAUCGAGAUAUGUUGUUGUUAUUCAAGAUUUCGAACCAAUGGGAUCUGGUUUAGCUGUACGUCGGGGUGAUUUAGUAACAUUAGAGGAUGAUCCACGUUCAACUUCGGCAGGUUUAUUAUUCGGAUACAAUGAACGUACAGGAGCGACAGGUGAAUUUCCAAGCGAAUGCGCUUACAUUUUACCCACAAUAUCGAAACCCUCACAAGAAAUUCUUCAUAUCUUCGCAUUACAAUGGGCUGAUGCUAAUCAGCAGCAAGUAACCAAUGAUCAUCUGUUCUCUGGCUUGUCGGUCGGUGGAAAUAACAAUAAUGACUUUUUACCUGAGCAAGGUUAUACACUAGAAAAAUAUGCUGAAACUAACUUUCGUGCAGCACCAAAACGUACUUGGUCGAACACAUUCACGCGACGCGGCGGAGCAAAUAACGGUGCGGAUCGUCUGUGGGCGUUUCAAAAAGAGCCUUUACGCCAACCAUUAUUGAAAAAAUUACAAGAAAAACUUGAAUUGGGUGAAGAAGCUUGUGCUUGCUUUAUGAAUGUACUGAAAUAUAUGGGUGAUUAUCAAACUGGAUAUCGACGUCGGGCAACCAACGAACUAACGGACGCGAUUUUCGAUCCAGCAUUGAAACAUGAAAUUUUGAAAGAUGAAUUGUACUGUCAAUUGAUUAAACAAUUAACUGAUAACAGCAAUCAAUCAAGCGAAUCACGCGGUUGGGAAUUGAUGUGGCUAGCAAGUGGAUGUUUCGCACCGAGUGCUGUCUUACUUCGAGAAGUGAAUCUGUUUCUACGCUCCCGUAAACAUCAGUUAGCUGCCGAUUGUUUCGCUCGAUUACAACGCACAUUGAAAAAUGGUCAACGUAAACAUCCACCACAUCAGGUGGAAGUCGAAGCCAUCCAACAUAUGACUACACAAAUUUACCAUAAGGUCUACUUUCCGGAUGAUACAUCAGAAGCAUUUGAAGUGGAUUCUUCCACACGUGCGAAAGAUUUCUGUCGAAAUAUUGCGGAACGACUUAAGCUACAAUCAAGUGAAGGUUUUAGUUUAUUCGUUAAGAUUCUUGAUAAAGUCAUCAGUGUGCCUGAAGGUGAUUUCUUUUUCGAUUUCGUUCGACAUCUAACCGAAUGGAUUAAGAAGACGAAACAACGUGAAGAUCCACCGAAAUACACUUAUCAGAUCUUCUUCAUGAGAAAACUAUGGACAAAUGCUAUUCCAGGCAAAGAUAGAAUGGCCGACAUAAUCUUUCAUUACCAUCAAGAACUUCCAAAAUUAAUUCGCGGGUACCAUAAAUGUUCGAUCGAAGAUGCUAUUGAACUAGCUGCCUGUAUAUAUCGUGUACGUUUCGGUGACAGUACAACUCAAUUCGAGAAUAUUCAAUUAAAAGAUUUCGUUCCAGCUGAUCUCGCCGAUAAGCUGUCCUAUGGCGAAUGGCGAAAGCAAAUUAUGGCUGCUCAUGCCCAAUCUCGUAAUGUAUCACCAGAGGAUGCGAAAAUCAUGUUCCUGAAAAUAACUUACCAAUGGGCAACAUUUGGUUCAGCAUUCUUCGAAGUGAAACAAACAUCGGAUCCAACAUAUCCUGAACAGUUAUUGAUUGCCAUUAACAAAAAUGGAGUGAAUUUGAUUCAUCCGAAGAGUAAAGAUUUGCUUGUCACAUAUUCAUUUACAAGUAUUUCAAAUUGGUCAAGUGGAAAUACCUAUUUUAACAUGACUGUUGGUGACAUUGUUCGAGGUACCCGUUUAUUAUGUGAAUCACCAUUGGGCUAUAAAAUGGAUGAUCUGUUGACAUCUUACAUCAGUUUGAUGGUUCAGACUAUGCAUCGUCAAACAGCAAAUGCAUCUUCUUCACGACAAUAA